ACGAUGACGACAGCCGCACCACCGAUCAAUAAUACUCAGUUCUCAGUCAAUGUGACCACAAAGUAUCGAGAACAAAGUCUUUAUCAAAGUUCUGGAGCAAUAGUUGCUGCCAUCGUAGUAGGAGUGAUUAUUAUUUUUACAGCGGUUCUGCUCAUAUUGAAAACAUAUAACAGACGCAUGAGAGUGAAGCGGGAGCUGGAACCCAAACCCACCAAACCAGCAAUGCCACCUGCUUUAGGGCAGAACAGCAACAGCGUGGCGCAGCAUCCUACGGUGACUUUCAUACCUGUGGAUAUCCACAUGCAGAACAGAUAA